UUGACUUUUAGGCAUGACACGUCAUGGACCCAUUGAAGAACCUCAAGUAUAUCAUAUUCAUCAUGGGUUGUAUUCAGACAUAAAUUGCGAUCGUGACUGUUUACACUUUUUCAAGUCAAGUAGGAUGUCUUAGCGCCUCCUCUUAAUAUACUGCAGGAGGCUUCAGGUCGUAAAGAGUGCCCACUAAUCCCGGAAACCAAACACUUUCGGCUCCAACCGAGCGACCCUUGCCUCGCUAAGAGUAGAGCCUCCUACAUGGGACGAACAAGGGGUAAACUCGAUAUUAAUGAAGUCCAUCUCUCGCGACUCGACUUUUGAUCAUUUUCCAUCCGUCUUUCAUACAUUCUUUUCGUUAGCUUUGUGCUCCAUUCGUUCCCUUCCAAGUCCGGGUUGACUUUACCAUAUUUGACGCCGGGUCGUCCUCUCAUUUACUCAGAAAUUUAUUUUGAAAAGCCCAUUCUUUUGCACAAACGCUGUCGAUUUUACUCACCCACAAUGAAGAACUUUGGCUCAACUCUAUCGGUGGUCGCAUCGGCGGCUCUGAUCAGACUCGCGGCUGGUCACGGCUAUGUUCAGAAUGGUACGAUUGGCGGUACUAGUUACGAAUUUUAUCAGCCUUACGCGGAUCCGUACACCAGCCCUACACCUGAUCGUGUCUCUCGUCCGAUUCAGGGCAACGGUCCCGUCCAGGACGUCACAUACUCGGACAUCCAAUGCGGUGGUUAUACAGAUGGUGGUGUCAACGGCUCAUCGCCAGCUGCCCUUCACGCCCCUGCUGCAGCUGGCUCGGAUGUGACCCUUUACUGGACUCUGUGGCCUGAGUCUCACUUUGGUGCUCUUGUCACUUACAUGGCUCGCUGCCCUGACACUGGUUGCACAGACUACAUGCCAGAAUCGGAUGCCGUCUGGUUCAAGAUCGCUGAAAGCGGUCUGAUUGACAAGGACACCAACGAAUGGGCUGUCACUCCUCUCGAGACUGCUGGAAAUGCUGGGUACACUUACACCAUCCCCGAGUGUCUCGCGUCAGGUUACUACCUCGUGCGUCACGAGAUCCUUGCCGUCUUCGUCGCAAACACAUACCCCGGUGUCCAAAUCUACCCCGGCUGUCACCAACUUGAAGUCACCGGGAGUGGCUCGACUACUGUCAGCGACCUCGUCAGCUUCCCCGGUGCCUACUCCAGCACCGACCCCGGUAUCACAUGGGACUCGUCUAGCAGCACAUACCCCAUCCCAGGCCCCUCUGUCUUCUCAUGUGGCGGCUCAUCUGGUUCGACUGCAACAUCCGCAGCUUCGGUUGCUACCAGCACAGCCGGUAGCUCGUCCGCUGCUGUGACAAGCUCUGCUGCUGCCGUUACCACUUCGACGGCCGCAUCCUCCUCUGCUGCUGUCUCCCCCAGUUCUGUUGCCACCUCUAGCGCUGCUGCCACCUCAAGUGCUGCUGCCACUACUUCCGCUGUUAGCUCGACUGCUGUCGCCGUUGAAGCAAAUUCGUCAAGCACUGCCACAAGCAGCAGCGCCGCAGCUGCCAGCUCGAAGGCUGCUUGUAAGAACAAGAACAGAAAGAGAAGGCACUCUCGUCGUCACCUUGCAUAAGUGAAGACUUUCCGACUUGUAAAGAGCCAAGCCAGUUUAGCUACCAAGA